AUGCCAAGAAAAAAGUCAGCCGCUAAGCGUGCCAGAGAGUCUAUCCAGAAAGAAGCUACGAAAGAAAAUACUUCGGUUUCAGAGCCAAAAUCGCGGGGUCCAUCGAAAGAUAAUCAGAACAGUGACACGAGCCCCAAAGAUUUGAGCGAGGCAGAGGAUGAAAGCUCUAGCUCAGAAGAAGAGGAUGAUUACGGUGAGCUAGUGACUGAAGAAGUGGAGAGUGGAAUCAACCAGGUCCUUGAGGCCAUCAAGAACAACGACAAGAAGCUGUUUGACCCAUCCGUGCGCUUUUUUGAAGACCCCAAGUCCGCUGCCGCUAAGCUAGCAAAAGCGCGGAAGGAAAAGCCUGUCUAUCUAAAGGACUAUCACCGUAUGAAUAUAUUAUCAGGGGAUGCACUGAAAGACGAAGACGAUGAGGAAAUGCAAACAGUUGACGGCAAGCAAUCGUUUGUGGCGCAACAAAAAGAGGAGAAAGACCAACUUUUGGAAGAAAUCCAAGACCAGUUUGCGGAGAAAGAGGGCUCAGGCGAUGACAGUGAGGAUGAGGGGGACUUUUUGGUCAAAAAGGCUCCAUCAAAAGCCCAAAAGGUCUCAGACACAAGCCUCCCCAACCCUGAGGUUGACGACGAAAAAUUUCUGGAAGCGUUCGUAAGCAAACAUGCAUGGAUUCCGAAAGAAGGUGACCGGGAGGUCAACUUGGAUGGUCCAGGGAUGGAGGAAGACGAUGAAGAGUUUGACAAUGCUGCCGAGCAGUUCGAAAAUGCCUACAACUUUCGUUAUGAAGAUCCUAACGCCGCGGAGAUCGUCUCGUAUGCACGUAACCAAGCCACAUUAAGGAGAUCAACUUCAAACUCCCGUAGAAGAAAGAGAGACGAAGAGAAGCGGGAAAAAACCGCUGAAAAGAUGGAGAAAGAAAUGGCUGUGCAGAAAAAGAAGAAGGAGAAAGUCAACAAGUUGACUGAUGUUUUAGAACAAGUACGGAAAGAAUACGGUGCCGAAAUUGACGAAGCCACAGUUCAAAAGCUUACUAGCACUUUACUAAACGGUGAUUUUAAAGACGACCAGUGGGAUGCCGUUGUCAGCGAGCUGUUCAACGAAGAAUACUACAAUCAAGAAGGGAAACCUACAUGGGAUGAAGAUGACGAAAUCAUGGGCGACCUCUACCGUGAAGGAAACAAGGAGGAAGACGCGGAUGAAGACAAUAAUGAGGAAGGCGAAACUGAAGAAGGGCCCGCAAGGAAAAAGUCAAGGAGAGAGUUGAAAGAAGAGAAGCGCUCAAAGAAGAAGGAUAAGAAAAAGGUCUCCGAGAUGGUCGAAACUGCUCUAGAAGGCAAUAAGCUUGCGCUUGUUGAUGAAGUGGAAGAAGAGAGAAAGUCCCGUGCAAGGACUAAAGAGGAAGAAGACGUGAAGUUUCGCUACAGAGAAGUGUCUCCUGAAUCUUUUGGCUUGACGAACAGAGAGAUCUUUGAGGCCGAUGAUGGAGCCCUUAACGAUUUUAUAGGCUUGAAGAAGUUUGCGCCUUACAGAGCUAAGGAAUUGAGAGCGAAAGAUCGUCGUAAGGUGACAAAAAGCAGGCGUAUGAGAGAAUGGAAAAAGAAGGUUUUUGGCUCAGAAGAGGGCCUGAAGGACGAUGCUUCUUCACAGACUCAGAGCCAGGAAAAGAAGCAUUCGAAGAAGGCUAAAAAGUAG